CCUCCUCGCGGCCAAUGGGCGACGCCGCCGCUUAUCCGCUGUUUAUCUGCGGUGCGUCGGCCGGCGCGCGUCAGUCUGUCGGGGUCCUGGGCUGCCGCCGCCGCAUUUGCUGGGACCCGCGCUCGUGCGUCAGCUCCCGCCCGUCUUCUCGCAGCGCCCAGCGCCCACCCGGUCCCCGCCCCGGCCCGCCGGCCGCAGCGCCCUCCUUCCGGCGCCAUGUCGCAGAGCGGGACACCGGGCCUGCAGGAGGAGAGCUUGCAGGGCUCCUGGGUGGAACUGCACUUCAGCAGCAAUGGGAAUGGGAGCGGUGUCCCCGCCUCAGUUUCUAUUUAUAACGGUGACAUGGAAAAAAUCCUGCUGGAUGCCCAGCACGAAUCCGGACGGAGCAGCUCCAAGAGCUCUCACUGUGACAGCCCUCCUCGCUCACAGACCCCACAAGAUGGGAACAGAGUGUCGGAAACAGACAGCCACAGCGUCGGAGAGAAAAACAGCUCCCAGUCUGAGGAAGAUUACAUUGAGAGGAGGAAAGAAGUCGAAAGCAUCUUAAAGAAAAACUCAGACUGGAUAUGGGAUUGGUCAAGCCGGCCGGAAAAUGUCCCCCCAAAGGAGUUCCUGUUCAAGCACCCGAAGCGCACAGCCACCCUCAGCAUGAGGAACACGAGUGUCAUGAAGAAGGGGGGUGUGUUCUCGGCUGAGUUUCUCAAAGUCUUCCUGCCGUCGCUGCUGCUCUCACACCUGCUGGCCAUCGGCUUGGGGAUCUACGUGGGACGGCGUCUGGCCGCUUCCAGCACCUUCUGAUGCAGGCUGGGGACUGGCCUCCGCGGGAGCCCGCAGCAGCGCCAUCGGAGAGCUGUCUGGGUCCUUGGUGGCUGCACCGCUUGUUCAUUUGUUCUGUAAAUGCUGCGUCCCUAAUUUAGUGAGAAGAAGGCUAGACACUGACCCACACUAACCUGUAAUCAUCACACCUAUGGGAUCAAUCAGUCAGCAUGUCCUAGUAGUAUCUGCUGUAACCAUCUGGUGGUGACGUUUCUCUGGCCACCGUAGAUACCUGAGCAUAAAGAAUCUCACAUAAUAGUCAUGAUGGAGUAUUUCAACACAAAUGAUCUAUAACCUUAAUUUGAUUAACACACUUCGUAUUUCGAAAGAACGAGUAACGCUGAUGUUAAAAUGCUACGUAAAGGGUUCAUCCCACAUAACUGUUGUGGCCUUACACUCACAUGAUAGUAGGAAAUGCUGUGAGUGGACGCAGGCUGUCUUGCAGAAGGCGGGUUUCCUCCUGGUUGUCCUUAGUUGGUGAUAAAUGCAGCCCCCGGUACGCACAGAGUGGCCCGCUGGCCACUGCAGGCUGGCUGAUGACCGGCCGGGACCGCUGCGGACGCCUGGGGUCCCUGCUCAGUACCCCCCUUGCUUCCCGCUCUAGAUGCUGAAUGGCGGCUUGUCUGUGUUCAGUUUUUGUGCGCUCUUAGAAUCAGCUUCAUUCUAAGCAAAUCUGUGUUUACUUUAAAAGACUGGAAAUAGGAAAAAAUAAAUCUUUGCCAAAUCCUUCAGAGAUGACUGUAUUUACAUAUGGUUUCAAACGAAGUGCCAUAAAAGUUAUUUGAUUUACCAGGUGUGCUCCCUGUUGGGUAAUUUUCUCUCUAGCAUGAUUUUUUAAAGGCGGCCUCUUUGAUAUACUGUUUAUAUGCCGUUGUGUAGUGUUUCACUUUUCCACACUAAAUUCAGUUGUGUUAAAAUAAA